AUGUGCCUACAGCUAUUGGGCUAUACUUUCGAUGCUGAAACUAAGCACUACACAUGUUCCUUACUCCCAAACGCUGUGAAUUCCCAGUUUUAUCAUUAUCAACUUAGUGGUGCAGUGGGAGCUGUGAUGAAACUUACUGGAUUGAUUGAUCUGGAGCCACUUAUCAAGUAUGGAAUGGUCGACCUGAAAAGCCAGAAAGCGGAAGGAAUUCGAGAAGCGGCCAGACAUCUCGAAAGCUUGAAAUACCAUGGAGCGAUAUUAGCCGAUGAGACCGGUUUCGGCAAGACUAAGCUAUCUUUGCUGGCUCUUCUGCUUUAUUGCAUCUUGGCCAAACCUAAUAAGCCACAUGUACUACUCAUUCCGGGUACACUAAUUGGCUUAUGGUUGGAUGAACUUUCGCUAUGGCCAUACUUUACCGUAUUCCUCUCAUAUGGCGAUCCUUCUUUCAAAACCCCGGGCUGUAAGGUCCUGAGCAGCGCUCAGCUGAGUAUGAAUCGGGACGGAAAGUUUGGGCGCCUGCCACAAAGCCUACAGUACCUUUUCAAUGGCGAUCGAAACGCAGGAAGAGUGAUUAUCCUGUCAAUCUUUGAUACCCACUGGACUCGGACAGCGGACCUCACAGCAGAGCAGAUACCAGGCGAGUCAUUUGAGCCCCCGAAAUACAAAGAUGGGAAGGAAAUCUGGAAGAAAGAGCCAUCAGUACGAUACGCAGUCCGAACAGAUUUUACCAAAAAGUUUGAGGUGCUUAUUGUGGAUGAGGCUCACAGAGUCAAAAACAAAGACACCCGGAUUUGGAAAGCGUUAUACCUACAGAAGUUCGAGAAGACCAUACUGAUCACUGCAACACCAGUAUUUAAUACCAUCCACGUAAGUUCCCCAAAGGUGUAUAUAAAUGAAACGAUCACUACUGACUAA